AUGAAUAGCAUUGACUUUGGCUUUCUUUUCCUUCAUAACAUCGAUCUGUUUCUACGCCCACCCGGAUCAUUGAAAUUAGAGGUCACUAAUCCGUUAAUCCAUAGGAUCAGCUUUGCCAGCAGCACUGAAUUAAAUGUGGUAUUAUUUUCACCUCAACAUUUCCCAACGUUAUCUAUCUAUCUAUCUAUCUAUCUAUCUAUCUAUCUAUCUAUCUAUCUAUCGCAGUCUGUUAAUUUAUCUAUUUCAGUCUGUUCAUCUAUCUAUCUAUCUAUCUCAAUUCGUUCAUAUCUAUCUAUCUAUCUAUCUAUCUAUCUAUCUAUCUAUCUAUCUAUCUAUCUGUUAUCCUCGUCUGGGGAUCCUCUCAGCAAUGAGGCAGAGAGUUUGACCAGUUCAUAUCUAUCUAUCUAUCUAUCUAUCUAUCUGAGUCUGUUCAUAUCUAUCUAUCUAUCUAUCUAUCUAUCUAUCUAUCUAUCUAUCUAUCUAUCUAUCUAUCUAUCCCUGUAG